AUGAGCAAUAAGUUGAAUUUGUUAUUGUGUGUUUUGGUUUUGUUUUUGGAGUGUUGUUUGGGUAGGUUUUUGGUGGAGAAGAAUAGCUUGAGAAUCACUUCUCCAAAAUCGCUGAAAGGUUCAUAUGAAUGUGCAAUUGGAAAUUUUGGAGUGCCUCAGUAUGGUGGAACGUUGAUUGGUUCUGUGGUGUAUCCAAAUGUGAAUCAGAAAGGAUGCAAGAACUUCGCUGAUUACGAUGCUUCGUUUCAGUCCAAGCCUGGAGUUUUUCCCACCUUUCUUCUUGUUGAUCGUGGAGAUUGCUACUUCACUUUGAAGGCGUGGAAUGCGCAAAAUGGUGGAGCAGCGGCUAUUCUUGUAGCUGAUGACAAAGAAGAAACACUAAUCACCAUGGACACUCCUGAUGAAGGGAAUGUUGCAAAGGAUGAUUAUGUGAAUAAGAUUAAUAUUCCUUCUGCUCUUAUCAGCAAAUCCUUGGGGGAAAGAAUCAAGGAGGCUCUCUUGAAUGGUGAGGUUGUUCAUAUAAAUCUUGAUUGGAGAGAGGCUCUUCCACAUCCGGACGACAGAGUUGAGUAUGAGUUAUGGACGAAUAGCAAUGACGAAUGUGGUCCAAAGUGUGACAAUCAAAUUAAUUUUGUGAAAAGCUUUAAAAGUGCGGCUCAGCUACUUGAGAAGAAGGGGUUCACUCAAUUUACUCCUCACUUUAUAACUUGGUAUUGCCCUAACGAUUUUCUCUUAAGCAAUCAAUGCAAGUCUCAGUGUAUAAACAACGGACGAUACUGUGCUCCGGACCCUGAGAAUGAUUUCAAUAAAGGGUAUGACGGAAAAGAUGUCGUUCUUCAGAAUUUACGACAAGCUUGCUUCUUUAAAGUUGCAAAUGAAAGUGGAAGGCCUUGGCAAUGGUGGGACUAUGUGACCGACUUUUCAAUCCGUUGCCCCAUGAGGGAGAAAAAAUACACAGAAGAAUGUUCAGAUCAAGUAAUUAAAUCUCUUGGUGUUGAUCUUGAAAAGAUAAAUAACUGUGUUGGGGACCCUGAUGCUGAUGUUGAAAAUCACGUUCUCAAAGCCGAACAGGAUUUACAGAUCGGCAAAGAGUCUCGGAGUGAUAUUACUAUACUGCCUACUCUUGUUAUAAACAACAGACAAUAUAGAGGUAAGUUGUCAAGACCAGCAGUUCUCAAGGCAAUAUGUUCAGGUUUCCAAGAGACCACCGAACCAUCGAUUUGCUUAACUUCAGACAUGGAAACAAACGAGUGUUUGGAAAACAAUGGUGGCUGUUGGCAAGAUAAAUCUGCUAACAUUACUGCAUGCAGGGACACUUUUCGAGGAAGAGUAUGUGAUUGCCCUAUUGUGAAAAAUGUGAAGUUUGUUGGGGAUGGAUAUACUCACUGUGAAGCUUCAGGAGCCUUAAGCUGUGAAUUCCACAAUGGAGGUUGUUGGAAACAAUCCCACGGUGGAAGGCUUUACUCUGCUUGCCAUGAUGACUAUAGAAAAGGUUGCGAGUGUCCGUCAGGGUUCAAAGGCGAUGGAGUCUUGUCAUGUGAAGAUAUUGACGAGUGCAAAGAAAAGUUGGCCUGUCAGUGUCCAGAAUGCAAAUGCAAAAAUACAUUUGGGAGUUACGAGUGCAAAUGCAAUAGCGGUUGGCUCUACUCACGAGAGAAUGACACGUGCAUUGGUAGAUUUACUUCUUCAAUGGCGAGUAUUUGGAUGAUUAUCCUUGUCGCGGUUAUUACUCUUUCAGGAGGAUAUGCGUUUUACAAGUACAGAAUCCAGAGAUACAUGGACACUGAGAUACGGGCAAUAAUGGCGCAAUACAUGCCGUUGGAUAAUCAACCUCUUAUUAUUCCUAAUCAAGAAGUUCAUCAUGAUAUCUAG